GACCCGGCCGGGGAAGGGGAGCCGGUGCUGGGCGAGGAAAGCAGCGAGCCCCCAGGCCGGGGCCGGUCACUGCCCCUCCGGCUGGGCAGGGGGCUAAGGCCGCGCUCGGGCUGGGCGGCGGGACCGGGAGCGAGCCCCAGCGACGGGCCAGGGCCCGGCCGGGAUCCCGGAGCCAGGCCGGGGCGUGGCCACGGCGCCCCCGCGUGUCACGGGAUACGUGGCAACCCCCCGCUUCCUGCCGAGCUGGGCCCGGGGCAGCCGCCGCCUCCCGCGGCUCCCGCUUCCGGCCGCCGGCAUGCGAGCGCCGCAGGCAGGGGCAACAUGACCACAGCCAAGCCAAAAAGACUCAAGUUUUCCGAAGAAGAGAAGUUCCUCAUCCUUGAAGAAUUCAGCUUGCGCAAGGACAUCCUGAUCCCCAAGAGCGGGCGCUACAGGAACACGAUGGACCGUCAGCGAGCGUGGGAAGAAAUCACUGCUGCCGUCAACUCCCUCAGCCCGCUCGUGCAGCGCACGCCUGACGAGAUCCGCAAGAAGUGGCAUAACAUGGUCAUUGACGCCCGCAAGGAGCUGACCACGGUGAAACACCCCUUGUUGAGGCAGCGGCCCCAGGAGAGGCUCUUCCACAACAUCUUUGCUCUCUUCAAUAAGACAGGGCCGGAGCUGGCAGAACCAUUGCUUCUGGGCCCUGGGUUCAGAACGAAGCCGUCCAGCGUCCCGGCUGGAACCACAGUGCCUCUCUGCGCAGCGGAGGGGAUGCGGGAGUCUUCGUCAGACUUAUUCCUCCACAGCCAGAAUGAUGGGCUUCAGCUGAGCCAGGGGAACAAACUGCUCUGCAAAACGGAAGUCCUUUUGGACUCAGACAAAGAAAUGGCACCAGGGACUGGCUGUCCAGGAAAGAGCUUCAUCCGUGCGCCAGGGGACCCGCAGCCCAGCGAUUUGUGCUUGGGUGGAUCUCAAGAGAGUGUGGAAAAGAGACUGUUGGGCCCCAGUAAGGAUCCUCCGCUGACUUGUGCGCCCGUAGCUGAGACACACCCUGUGCCAAUUCCCAGGACUACCUCGCCACCGAGCCAUGGACCUGAGGUGCCUGCUCCUGGCAGGACUCCGGUGCCUCUGAACUGCUCCCCUGACUUUGCACUGGCCUAUAAGAUCAAGUGCCCUUUGAGCCCUGUAUUCGAAUGGCCUUGCCUAGGGGUCAUCUCAAGCCCAGUCACACAAAGCAGCAGGACUGACAGCCCCAGCUCGGAAGGCCUCCACACAGCAAUGGAUGAUAAUGCAAGCGCAUCUGUGACCGAAGAUUCGCUGCCCAGCCAGAGGGGUUCUGUCGGGCCAGCCAAGGAGCUUUGGGAGAAGCACAGCCGGCUGCACACCGAGAUCCUGGAGCUGCAGAAAGAGACCUUGCAGCUGCAGAAGGAAAAGAUCGUGCUGGAGAAAGAGAAACUCUUACUGGAAAUUGUCAAACUGCGGCGAGAACUGGACACGUGACCAGCUGCCGGGGAAUGAUCUGCCCCUCCACAGUCUGUGGAGUUCAGAGCCCAGUUCAGACCCGAGUUCCCUGUUCCCUGGAGCUUCAUGUGCUUGAGUGAAAAAAGAAUUGAGCAGGAGAGGACAGAGCUGGUGCUGAACCUCACAGACGUGAAUGGCAGGGACUCUGUUUCCUGUGCAGAAAAGACGAGAGAAAUCACUCCACUGAUGCUCUUAACCUGCAGUGAGAGCCACACCCAGGACAUCGGGGGGCACCCGUUGUGGCUUUGGUGGCACAGCGUAAAACUCGCAUAGGUUUGGAAGAGCCACAGCACCAAGGAAAUAACUCUGCGUGGGCCUACGGGGGGCCCCUCCCUCGCAGGGUUCCAGAGCAGUCCAUGGGCCGGGCCGUAUCUGUGUAUGGAACAGCAGCACAGAGCGUCACCCCGGGCUUCACCUGCUGCAUCGCGCGUUGCAGAGAAGACUGAACAUGUAGCCGCGCCAUUGCUUCCUGCCCCUGCGGGGCCUUCCCCCUUUAGCCACUAAGCCACGAGCAGGGAAUUUAAACCAGUAUCUUCUUUUUUCCACCUUGAUAUAAACUCACUAAGUCGAGAAGCAGCAUAGCAGCUCAGUCCCUUUCCAAGCCAGGAUCCAGCCCUGUUCUACAGUGUAAGGAGCUACGGGGCAAAGCCAAAGGGUCUUUCCCAGGGCAAACUCCUGGUGAAGAGAGUGGCAGUUUUACCUGAGUAAGAACUUAGGGUUUGGCCUUUAAUGAUUAAGUAUUAAGUUAAAAUAAACAAGUGAGCCCAGCCAGACUCGUUCCCUGCUGGCAUUGCCUGGUUUUCUGCUCUCCUCUCAUUGCCAGAGGCAACAAGAACCAGAGCGCACACAGGGGUCUGCUUGCUUUGACCUCCCCUUCUGAGGAUUGUCUAUCUCAUGCCUAAGCUGGAUAGUCUAAGUUUCUCCCAAAUACCUUUAGGGGGCACACCUACUCCUAGCCACUUCCUCGUCCUGUCCAGCCAGGCCACCGUUCAGGAACGGCCUUGUUUGUAUACGACUUUAAGUGUUAAUUUUAGUGCUUGGGAAAGUGCCUUGCUAUUGACCCUGGCUAGAGCCAGACAAGAUCCCAGCAGACACUACAAGCUCCCACACAACUCGGCCAAAGAAUCUCCAGUGUGACCUGGAUCAGCCUUGCCAUGACAGUCCUGGUCCAUCACUUUUGCUAGUCCCAAAUCAUGUGGUGGUUUUGGGAUGCAAGCAAAAGCCCACAGAGAACUAGGUCAGAGUGAUUAGAUUGAUCAGAGAUGACCUCUUUUCAGCUGGGAACUGAGGCAUCCAGAAGUGGAAGGUCACUGCACUAGUUUACUGCAAGCAUCAUCUUCCUGCAUUACCAUCUUAUCUCCAGCCCUCUCUUUGGUGGGGAUCCUUGCGUGGUGAGGAAGUGAGGCUCCUGGGGAACUCCUCCCUCCCAUGGUACAGAACCAUUCCCAGAUGCCCACCUGCUGACGUAUUCCGAGGGCUGCCUGAGUCAAGACCUCAGGAUUUGGCUGGAGGAGCAGUGCAGCCAGCAUGUUCCACCCUGGGAGAGGAAAUUAGGAGUGAGCAUUGUGUUGGUUGGAUGACCCAGAGCAGCGUUGAUGGGGGUUGCUCUGAUGCAGCUCUUGCCCAAGGGAGUGGUGGGGAGAGUAUUUUAAAUGCUGGGGAUGGAUAAGGUUCCAUUGAGUUUGGUUGCAUUCUGCUCCCUGGACAUUCAGAAGCCUGAUGACUCCUGUCGCAUUUGAGGGUUUUAGCAAACUCAGCUAGUGCUCUGACGAGCAGCUGUACCAGUCACUGGCGUGGAUGCCAAGCCAAAUAAACUUGAGCUCUUCAGAAAGAAAAAGCCUGUGAGAUGUCUGGUGUGGGUUAGGUCAGGUUAUUGCCCAUCACUGUGUGAAACAAAGCAGGACAUUAAAAGCUGAGGUGGUAUCUGGGAGCCAGAAGGUGGUGACACCUGUCAGAUUGCAGCACACUAGCUUGUCUUGUGGGGACAAGUAUAACAAGCGUACAGA